AUGAAUCAAAAUGAACAAGUAUUUAAUACAAUCUUGCCAAUAUCUUCUCUAUCAGAAGAAGACUCUAUAACAGAUUUAUUUGAUAUUUUAAUUAAUAAUUAUAAAAAUAAUGAUAGAAUUCCAUGCAAACUAUGUAAUAAACCUGUAAAAUAUUACUGUUAUUAUUGUUAUAAAAUUGUUGGAAUCAGAAAAGAUGAUGAAAAGUUUAUACCAAAGUUAAAAUUACCAAUUAAAAUUGAUAUUGUUAAGCAUGACCAAGAAUUAGAUGGUAAAUCAACAGCUCCCCAUGCUAAAUUAAUUGCACCUGAUGAUGUGGAAAUUUAUUCUCAUGAAAAUAUUCCAGAGAUAACAAAUCCAGAUAGAGUUUUAUUAUUAUUUCCAGAUCCUGAUGCUAAAUUAUUAAAAGAUAUUUCUUUAGAUUCAUUUGAUAAAUUGAUUGUGGUUGAUGGUACAUGGAGACAAGCAAUUUCUAUGACCAAAAAGAAUCCAACAUUUAGAAAGUUGAGAAAAGUCACAAUUAAACCACAAAAAACAUUAUUUUGGAGAUAUCAGAACAAAAAUGAAAAUUAUUUGGCAACCAUUGAAGCAUUAUGA